AACUAACAUCAGGCUGUUCCGUCGGUUUACGCGGAUUUACUCGACUUAUUUAUUUAAUUGCGCGUUAUAUAAUACAUACCGACGAGCACACGCUCCGCGUCUUCAACCUGCCGUCGCCCUCCGGUGCGAUAGACCUCCACCCACCCACCCAGCUGGCUUGAAACGGCAGCAGUGACCUGGAUAACCACCUUGCUGUGACACUGAGGCAGGCCUCGAUUAGGAGACACACGAAGAGACGCUGGGAGACAGUCGGCAGUGUCAGCAGCUUGUCAGCAGAGACCGCGGCUUGAAGAAAAGCGGUUCUACUGUCACGGAUCUGAGCACGCCACGCCGCCCUACACCCACCCACACACACACACUCACACACCCCGCCUGGGAAGACAUGGCGGACCCCAGCCUCACGUCGCCCUCUGAGACGCCCCUGCGUUCUCCCAGCACCCCUCUUUCCCUCUCCUUCCCGUUCCUGAGGGAGGGCAGCCGGGUGUGGGAGGAAGGCAGAGAACAACCCCGGCCCCGGGAGCUGCCCAGCCCACUGCCCACCAAGCGCACCCGCACCUACUCCGCUACGGUACGUGCUCACUCAGGCCCGGUGUUCAAGGGUGUGUGUAAGAACUUCUCCAGGUCACAAGGUCACGGCUUCAUCCGCCCUUCCCAUGGCGGUGAGGACAUCUUUGUUCACAUCUCAGACAUCGAGGGGGAGUACGUCCCGGUGGAGGGGGAUGAGGUCACGUACAAAGUCUGCCGAGUCCCACCGAAGAAUCUCAAGGUGCAAGCGGUGGAGGUGAAGAUCACGCAUCUCAACCCAGGGACAAAGCACGAGACCUGGUCUGGACAGAUCAUCAGCUCCUAG